CGCGGUAACCACAACAAUUCGACUCGGUAGAAACUCGGAUACCGUUUCGCACCAUCUCUCCCCCCCCUUUUUCUUUUUAUUUUUCCUUCGUCGACAUUCUUCGUCGGGAGCCAAAUCCCCUCUUUCCCCCAAUAGUUGGAGCAAUAAUCGUGAGAAUCUACUUCUUUUGUAGUAAUUUCAAUUUUGAUUGAUUACAUCUGCGAAUUUUUCUUCUAUCUUCUGUUUUAAUUUGAUCUGUUGUGGAUCGAAUUGAACUGGUUUCGGUAAUUUGGGAGUUGCCCUAGAAUUUGGACUUUAAUUGGGAAUAAUCGGUAUAGAUAUACGAGAUGAGUGAAGUUUUUGAAGGGUACGAGCGACAGUACUGUGAGAUCUCCGCUUCUCUCUCGCGGAAAUGCUCAUCGGCGGCUGUUCUAGAUGGAGAACAAAAGAAGCAGAAAGUUUCAGAAAUCAAAUCCGGAUUGGAAGAGGCGGAAGCUCUGAUACGAAAGAUGGAUUUAGAGGCUAGAAGUUUGCAGCCGAGUGUGAAGGCCGGAUUGCUGGUUAAGCUGAGGGAGUAUAAGUCAGAUCUGAACAACUUGAAGAGUGAGCUUAAAAGGAUUACCACCACUAACGCUAACCAGGCGACGAGAGAGGAGCUGUUGGAGUCUGGGAUGGCCGAUACUUUGGCGGUGUCCUCUGAUCAGAGAGGAAGAUUGUUGAUAUCAACAGAAAGGCUGAAUCAGUCGACUGACAGAAUUAAGGAGAGUCGAAGAACUAUGUUGGAGACGGAGGAACUUGGCGUGUCGAUUCUGCAGGACCUGCAUCAACAACGGCAGUCUCUCUUGCAUGCCCACAAUACACUUCAUGGGGUGGAUGAUAACAUUGGCAAGAGCAAGAAGAUCCUAUCAGCCAUGUCAAAAAGAAUGGACAGGAAUAAAUGGAUCAUCGGGGGCAUUAUUGCUGCCCUGGCGCUGGCCAUCCUCCUCAUCCUAUACUUUAAGCUUGCUCAUUAAAUAUUGUUCCAGAGGUGCCUCUAGUAUGUUCCUUAAUUCCGUGUGUUUAAAGUCCAGUGACUGCUGUACAUUUUGUUUUUUCUUUUUCAAUGUUCCCUCUUUUAUUGCUUGUACGUAUAUGUAGAACUGCUGUUUGUCUUCUGACCCAUUGCGUGCGUUGAACUGUAAAUUUCAUUGGUGUGCUGUUGAAGUGAUUUCCAGGCAUGAUUAAGGGAGUUACUUUUAGAUCUAUCA